AUGGCUGCGCAGUCUGUCGUCUCUCCACUGCGCGUGCAGAAAGGCAGCAACAACUCGUCGCCGACCAAGAACAUGAGCUUUGUGCAGAACAGACCGCUCUCAGAGUUGAGUCCGAUGGCUCUGCGCAGGAACUCACCUAGUUUUCCUCGAAAUAGUUUGUCUAAGCAUGAAUCGUCUCCAUCCACAUCAUCACCAUAUAACAAUACAACUUCGCCCCGCAUGUUGUUCUGGCAGGGGCGCGAUCCCAACUCUCCUUCCAGCGAAAAUCGUUCGCCCCACGAUAACAUCUCACCUAACAAGCGAUCGUCGAUAGAAAACCUCAAGCGGGCUUCACGGGUUAAGAACAGCUCGAUGUUCGCUCGUGAGCAGCAGAUCAACUACGAUCCAUCAGACCCAAAGAUUUUAGACGGAAAACCACUUCGUACUUCUAUUCAAGGCAAUGCCUUUCCUGGUGGUGCUCUAUUCAGCGUCAGCAUCACAAGCAACACAAGCAACGGCACUCCAUCAACCAGGCCAGAAGCGCCAUUAUCAAUCGACGGCAAGUCACCCACUAAGAGUAUUACUCCGCCUGAAAAGCUCGAGUCCUCUCCCCUCAACCACAUUGCACCACUAUCUCCGAGCAAGACACUAGGAUCGCCUACAAAAUCAUCUCUUUCCAAGAGAACUGGUGCAAAUGCACGAAAACACGCCUUUGAUCCGUCGACUGGUAUUUGGGAGGAUGAAGACGAUGGGGAAGAAAAGCGACUGCCUGAAGGCCGUGGUCUGCAUCGACAUGCCAAGAGCGUCACCUUUGAUCAAGCUCCUCCUCAAAUCAACGAGUAUGAGAUGACUACUCCAGACCCUUCAUCUGUGGCCUCAGGUUCGCGCGAGGGUAGUUAUGAAUCCUUCGACGACGAUGAAGAGGAAGAUUACAGCUAUGAGCGAAGCUCCUCCUUCGACCCUCAUGAUGAUAGUUUCGAUGCUUCUCUUGAGGAUACUGAGAAAACUCCAGUCGUGCUACCUGAGGACUGGCGCUUCAUGAGCCCUGAGACUGCCAAUACAGACCUUGUAAGGCACCAGGAGGACGUCUUCGACGACCAUGUCGGUUCGCCAGCUCCAGAAGCAAGACCGGGCUCGACCCCUGCUCGGCCGCAUCAGUCAAGUGCACAAUCUGUUGACUCGAAUGGUCAGGCACGACCUCUGCCGCCACUACCUCCUCAAAUGACCGCAGAUGCUGGCAGGGUGUCUUCGCACCCGGACAGUCUCUCCGGCACUUUUGAACGCAUGAGUGGUUCUCAUCGAGCUUUGCCAUCUCCUCCACCUGCCGCAGUUGUCACAGUCGCAGAGAUUCGCCAAAUGAGCAACAGCACCUUAUCCUUGGAAGACCGCCUGAAAAUCAUGGCUCUUGGUGAUACCACUCCUCAAAACUCGGAUGCUGAUGUGCAGCGGGAACGAAAGAUGCGAAGAGCCGUAUCCAAAGAGUCUAGCCCAAUACGUGACCAGUACAAGGAAGGCGAACUAGACGGACAAGUUCACGAUACCAUUGAGAACUCUAGUGCUGAGAAACCCGUGAAUCGACGUUUGUCUCGUGACUUCAUCACCCAGCAGCUGCGAAUGCAAGACGACAUCUCUCGCUCCAAUAGCGUGUACUCAAAUGUUACCAUGGAUCCAGAUGUGCCUAUCCCGUCAAGAGAAGAUCCCACUCAAAAAUUUGAGGAUGAAUACGAAGACGAUAGUAUCGUCAUCAAGGACGAGCCUGUGGAUGACGACGACCUGUACAAGAUCCCAGACAUGUAUAGAAAGACGAGCUCACAAUUGGACGCCGAAGAUGAGGAGUCGAGCCAAUACUCACAGUCAAGCAUUCAACACUCUGUCGAACUCAAUGCAGAAACUCCUCGUGCUCGCAGCCCGCAAAAUGUGCCAGACACGGCUAUACCAGCAGAAAGGGUCUCUCUGCCUGAUUUUGCCGAUUUUGGUCAGGAGAGAGAUCUCGACUUUGGCCUCGGUCAAUACAUUGUUAGAAAGACUGAAGAGCCCACUAAGCACAAAGAGCUCGCGCUGCCGGUGUCAGACAUCCCCGAGCCAGACCUACCAGACUUGGCUGUACUUCGACAAGAAAUCGCACGACCUUUUACUCCUGAUCCCGAACUAGAGCCACCCAGGCCUUCAUUUGCACAGGAAGAAAUGUCCGAGCCUGGUACACCUUCUUCUGUCAUCCGCCAUCCUAUCGAUCGGUCUACAACCCCAGAGAUGGAUGAAAACGACACUUCCUCUCUGACCAAGACCGAUUCCGAUACGGGUUCGCUGCCCUCUGUUGUAGUGGAUGAGCCCAUGACAGAGCUCAACAAGGUCGCCUCGCCGCCAUCACCUGGAGCGGGAGACGAUUUCACCCAGGUACAGCCCCAAUCUGCACAUCACCCCCAACCGGAAAGAAAACGAUCUGGCAACCGCGUCAGCAGUCUCGUACAGCUUGAUUUUACUAGAGACGAUUCGAACGGUGACCUUGGUCUUGGUUUGGAAAAAGAAUUUGACCGCGUUCUGGAAUCCCAAAAGGUAGCGUUUGAAACCUCCCUGAAGACACUCUAUUAUCCCUUUAAUGGUCGCUUCCCGUCUGCCGAGUUACCUGAUGCGAAGGAACGAGGCACACGGCAUUUAGCCCCCAUUCCCCUUUUGCCCAAGCCCUCGAGUACAAGAGCCCACUUUCCUCAAUUGCACAGUACUGACGGAUUUGUUCCCAAACAGAGAGGCUAUCUGAUGAGACAAAACACAAAGAUAGUCGUUGCGACAGAACGCAUGUCGGUCGAGGAACCACGAUCACCAACUACAAGCGAAGCCCAGAUUGGCUUGUCAAGCCCUUCUGCUCCCGCGAACGAGGUCGUGAUCUCACCACGUAAGAUUAGUCAACCUGCGUGGGUUGCUGAGCCAUGGAACAAUAAAUCCAGAAGACGAAGUAUCCGGGUCAAUGGUGAGCAACAAAGCCCAAAGCGCAAGCCGGUGGAAGGCCCUGUUCCUCCUCUGCCAGGACAACCAAGUAACGUGGGCCACGAUCUUGGUGCUGUGGCCGAAGAUGAGCUUGCAGAAGAAGAGGCCGAAGAAUUCGAGGAUGGCGCCGAACGAGGCAGACUCUUUGUCAAGGUUGUAGGAGUCAAGGAUUUACAACUGCCAUUCCCUCAACGUAAGCCAACCCGUGCUUUGGGUCAAAUCGCUGCUGACCAUCGUGAAGAAGAAAAAACUCAGUUUGCCUUGACCCUGGACAAUGGUCUUCAUUGUGUGACCACAUCUUGGCUUGACCUCGCCCGUAGUGCACCAAUUGGUCAGGAGUUCGAGCUUGUUGUGCUCAACGACCUGGAAUUCCAGCUCACUUUGCAGAUGAAACUCGAUGAGCCACCAAAACCAGUAUUGCGACCUGAAUCUCCUACCAAAGCUCCUGUAUCGCCUAAGAAGCAAAGUGCUUUUGGUCGAUUCUUCGGCUCACCAAAGAAGAAGAAAGACUCAGAAAUAUUCCCACCCGAGCCUCAACCUGCGAAACGACCAGUAACACCUCCUUCAGCCUAUGAACUCGUGCAGGGAAUCGUCGCCAAAGACGGCUCCUUCGCAAGGGCAUAUGUGUCGCUUAGCGAAUAUGAGAAGCAAGCCUUCGGUCGCCCAGCCACAGUAGACAUCAAAUGCUUCAAUGAGUGGGCUAUGGAAGAGGUCGCGGUCGGUAGCUCUCGUAGCAAGAAAGGCGUUGUCAAGCUUCAACAACGACCACCUUAUGAGAUUGGCAAGCUUGAACUCCAACUCUUGUACGUGCCAAAACCAAAAGGUGCCAAGGACGAAGACAUGCCAAAGAGCAUGAAUGGUGCUAUUCGAGCUAUGAGAGAAGCAGAAGAGCAAUUGAAGCAGCAAAGCGAGAUCAGGGAGUUUGAAGGCUAUUUGAGUCAGCAAGGCGGUGAUUGUCCUUACUGGCGACGACGAUUCUUCAAGUUGGUUGGUACAAGACUAACUGCUUAUCAUGAGACGACGCUUCAACCUCGAGCUACCAUAAAUCUUGCGAAAGCCGCCAAGCUUAUUGACGAUAAAGCUGUUUUAGCGCAAAAAGAAGUGUCAACUCGAAAGGGUGGGCGUAGGAAGAGUGCCCUUAGUGAGGACGAGCAUGGUGCCCUGCUGCCACUAGCAUUUCGGUUGCGCUUCAACAAUGGAGAAGUCAUUGAUUUCUAUGCCGACAAUGCAACAACCAAAGAUGAUUGGAUGGCUGCACUUUCGGAAGCUGUUGGCAAGCAGGUUGUCCAACCAUCUGGCGGACCAAUUAAUGGCUGGACGGACAUGGUACUCAAGCGCGAGAAGAGCACGAAGGCAAAAUCAAAGCCUUCCAAGCCUGAAGCUCCUCAAAGAAAAUCCAGCAAAGACAAGGACCUGCCUGCCCGGCCAGCAGUCGAUACACGACACAGCUAUCAAGGUGCUAUGAUGGCUGGCGCUCUGCAGAAUUCGACAUCGACGAGACCGCCAAGCUCGCUGCCACGACCUUCAGGUCAUGCCAGAACAGAGAGUUACCAUGCCGAUGCUGGAGCGUCUCGCAGUCAAGCCAGCAGUCCCACCAAGCAGGAGAGGCAUCGCAAAACGAUGUCCAUGUGGAGUUGA